AUGGUGAAAUCACGUGAGGAUAUAACGAAUAAAAUAAUGAUAGCAAAAGUAGAGAAAGGAUUGACGUGGAGUCAAAUAGCAGCAGCAUUAGGCAAAAGCAAGGAAUGGGCCACGGCCGCGUGUCUCGGUCAAAUGCAAAUGAGCAAAGAACAAGCUCAAAUCGCUCGUAAAUUAUUCGAUUUAAGUCAAGAAAACACUGCUUGGUUACAAAUGGCACCGUACAAAGGAUCUACCGGUACCUCCCAUGAUCCCUUGAUUUAUCGUCUUAAUGAGGUAAUCUCUGUGUAUGGCGAUGCAAUUAAAGAGUUAAUUCAUGAAGAGUUCGGUGAUGGUAUAAUGAGUGCGAUUGAUUUUACACUGAAAGUAGAACGAGAACAAUGUGAUGAGGGCGAUCGCGUUAGGAUGAUUUGGUCUGGAAAAUUUCUGCCGUAUAAGUCUUUUUGA